UUCUGAUUUCGUCUACUCUAUUCAUAUCUAAAAUCUCAUAAUCCAUAUUCUUCUCUAUUAAUCUCUAAAUCAUGACGACUAAGAAAGUCGAGAUCAAAGUCGAUAUCGACUGUCAGAAAUGCAAACAUGCAAUCAUGGAGGCUGUCACAGAGCUAGAAGGUGUGAAUCUUGUUUCACUGGAUCAAGAGAAGAGUGUACUAACCGUGGUGGGUACGAUGGAUCCAGUUUGUGUAGUUGAUCAGCUUAAGAGAAUCAAACAGAAACCAGUAGUAAUCAGUGUCGGACCACCGAAAAAACCAGACCCCAAACCAGACCCGUGCAAGCCUUGUUUGCCUUACUACUACAAUCCAGCCCAUCCCUGUGACAUGGUAUCAGUUAAUACCUAUGAGAGCGGAGGCGGCUGCACCAUUGUUUGAAUCCUGUCUCCAUCUCUUAAUAGUCUUCAAGUAAAAUCCUGUAAUCUUUAG